AUGACCAUGGCUCUCGCUAGCCUUCUCCUAUCCGGCGCGUUUGCCACCACUCAGUAUUCGGAUAGCCAGUCCACUGUCACUGUUGAGACUCAGCAGAUCGGCACCACCACUUCCAACGGCAUCCUCAUGUAUUCCAUGAACUACUGCACCGUCAUUGAGAGUACCCAGUGCCAGGUUUCCGUCACCACUGUUACCAACGCAGUUGUUCCUGAGUCCUCCAUCGGCUACUCUGCCUCUGUCGAAUCGACCACUCAGGCCGUGUCCGUCACUCCCAUUGGCGAGCCUAUCCCAACCACUAUUUGGUCUCACGUUGAUCCUGGUGUUCCUGAGCCUACUGUCACGGUGGUUUCGACUACUGAUACCCUUGGCAGCCCAUCGCUGGAGACCAACUCCGUCCUUGCUGCCACUGGCUCUACCGCCGUCACCAGCGGCAAGACUACGGCCUCGGGCUCCGUCACGGGCAAGCAGCAGACCAACUCGACGUCGGUCAUGAGCCAUGACAGCCCUUCUGGCAGUAUGACGGCUCCUUCUGCCCCAGACCGCACCAGCGCUGGAGUGGCUCUCAAGGCCAUGUCUGGCGUGGCCUUUGGCAGUCUCGCCAUGGUCAUGACUCUUUUCAUGUAA